ACAUGAUGCGACUUGACCCGUUCACGCACCGUGUCAGUGUCGGCGAUCCUGUGGGUGCGGCUCUCGCAAGAUCGCGAUGUUUUAGCGAUCGAAGACCCAGAUCACCGAGCGUGGGCGCGGCUGCUGGUGGUGGGUGCGGCUGAUACCGUGCCGGGACGCCGUGGCCGCUCCUAUCCCAGUGGCGUCGCGUGUGGUUCCUGCCGCACGCUGCACGGCCGUGUGUCGGCCCUGGCGACUCAAGCGCCUGGAACCGGUGGCGGCGCCCAUUCCCUACAGCGUCGGUUUGCUCCCGUAAUCGUGCCCGCCUGGCGGUGCACGACAAAUCCGAAUCCAGACAUCCCGCGGGACUUGGCCCAAGCGGCCCGCCACCGCCACGGGGCGUCUCCCCCGGCCGUGACGGUGAAGGCGCCGCGCCCGCCGCCGACCGCCCCAGAUCGCGGGUCUCGAGGCCGGGGCGGGCGCGGGGAGGCCGGUGGACGGACGAGCGGCUGUGUUUACGGCAGGACAGGCAGCGGGACGGGCGGGCCGCGGCACCGGCGACGCGCGUCCCUCGCGCCACCCGGAGCACAGAGCGCUCUGUUUAUGCAGCGGGAGGCGCCGCCGGAAGCGCAGGCCGUCAGAUGGUGCCAUGACUUGGUGUGACGCUGCGCCCGUUCAACCGGCUACUUUUUGGACAUCACACAUUAAAGCUUACGGCGUGUUGUGGCGCACUUUGAAGCCCUUCGGUCGUGGUAAUUAAAGGCUGAUCGUGCAUAAAUACUCGUCCCUUUUUAUCCCCCCCCCCCCAACCCUAAUAAUCAAUUCAUUUAGUGUAACAACAUGCGACCGAGUGUACGUCACACCACAAGCAGCUACCAUCGCAUUGCACAGACGUGUCAUGUACAGCUGAAAUCUCAGGCUGCAUCCGGGACGGUCCACUCCAGCUCGUGCCGCUGUAACCAUCAGCUACUCUUCCACAGCUCAUGACUGCCACAGGGCAGCGACACGCCCUUGCAAAGUCACGCCGCUCACCACAUGGUGUCUCGAGCGCGCCGACCUGGUGAUGUCACGCCAUGAAGCCGAGGUUUGCGAACCACAGUCGCGUGCUCGGUGACUGGCUGGCUAUCAUGCCAGCGGAGGUGACUCAUGCAGUGGAAGGCGAACGCCCAGUCACGCACGGAGCACGUGCCGUGCCGGCAUGACUAUGACCAGUGACCACUGACCCAGGACUCGCUAACUCGCCGAGCGAAACAGUUGGCAGACUAUGUGAGGGAUACUUGAUCUGAUAUGCGGCGCCACAUUUCAGCGGAGUUCAGUUACACGCUUGCAGCUCGUGCGACUGAUCCCUGCUCGGAUGCUUAAGGCGUUCCUCUGAGUUUAUGAGGCACAAUUAACGCGGUGCGAAUUAUCAUGUCAUUCAACAGCUCUCACUUGCGCCUUGCUUAUACGGUGACACACGGACAGUAAAGCUAGAGUUGGGCUCAAAUAACCGACGCAGUUGACGCGCCCUUAAAACUCAACAAGCUAAAACUAGAGCCUGGUUCGAAGGACGGCACCGACUCUGGACUUCACGGUGGACGCAUGUUGAGACGCCGCCACAGAAGCGCCGGCGCGGCGCCGCUUUGGAAUCCGAGAACCUGAGCAUUUAUUUCACUAACAACUCGAGCAUGGAGCCCGUGUCACCAUCCCCCACAGCACAAGACUGCCACUGGGUGUCCAGUGAGCAGAACCAGGGCGACACGCAUCUCACAGCACAAGACAAAUGUCACCAGGACAUCCUGUGAGCAGAACCAGGGUGACACGCAUCUCACAGCACAAGACAGGUCACCAGGACGUCCUGUGAGCAGAGCCGGGGUGACACGCAUCUCACAGCACAAGACAAAUGUCACCAGGACAUCCUGUGAGCAGAACCAGGGUGACACGCAUCUCACAGCACAAGACAAAUGUCACCAGGACAUCCUGCGAGCAGAAGCCGGGGUGACACGCAUCUCACAGCACAAGACAAAUGUCACCAGGACAUCCUGUGAGCAGAGCCGGGGUGACACGCAUCUCACAGCACAAGACAGGUCACCAGGACGUCCUGUGAGCAGAACCAGAGAGACAUCUCAUAGUACAAGACCACCACGAAUGAUUCCGUGCUCAGGACCUGAGUGCACCGAGCCAUUCGAUGCGAGUGUCACCGGUGCCGUCGGUGUACAAUGCGCAGAACCUGGCUGACACACGCUCUCACAGCACGCGACCGCCACGCAUGCUCCAGUGCCCACAGCCACGCGGUGUCGCUCACGAGUGCUCGCGGUGCGCGUAGCGCGUCCGGUCGCGGCGACACUCGCCAUGGCACAAGAUCGCGCCACGAGCGCGCCAGUGUCCGAGCCGAACUGCGGGAACACGCAGCGUGGCUGCCACGUGGUGCGGGCGACACGCACUGACGGUGAGCUGACAGUGCGCUGACGCAGAAGCCAGCCGUCCGGCGGGAGGUCGGGCGCGACAGACGACAGGCCACGCCAACAGUGCAACAGCGACCAUCCACGUACAGCACCAGCCAACGGUAACGCAUACGUCUCGGGACAAGAUCGUGUCACCCACUCAUAACGCCAUGGCACGUUGCCCGCGAGCGCACGCGACCGGUGCCGCCGGCGGCCGCACGUGCCACUCCCACGUACAGCACGCGGCGCUGGACGUGCCGGUAGCAAGAUCACGUGUCGCCACGUACAGUACCGACAGCGCCCCGGCCACACGUGCAUGGCAUACAGCACGGCACACCAGGAGCACCACGAACAGCACCGACAGGACACCACUGGCCCGAACGCGCACGCCACCCCAGCGAUGGUGCAGCGACGACGCGCCGAGGGCUUCGCCCAGUUCGAGCAGCUGCACGCCGAGCUGAGCGGCGCCGGCUGCGACGUGUUCAUGCUCUUCAGCGGCGCCGAGGACCCGGCCACCGGGCACAGCUGGUGUCCCGACUGCGUGGCAGCCGAGCCGGUGGUGGAGAAGGCGCUGGCGGCGGCGCCCGAUGACGCCGUGUUCGUGCACGUCAGCGUUGGAUCGCGCGACUUCUGGAAGGACCCGGCCUGCGUGUUCCGCACGGACCCGCGCACGCGGCUCAAGUCGGUGCCCACGCUGCUGAAGCUCGGCUCGCCGGAGCGGCUGCAGGAGAAUCAGCUGCUCGACGCCUCGCUCGUCGAGAUGCUCUUCUCCGACUAGCGGCCGCCGCGGCCGCUCCGGCGCCCGUGGGUCCAAUUCGGCGUCCUCUGGGCGCGGCGGGCAGGCGGCGGAAGCUGAAGGCACUGCCGCGGCCGGUGCGCCGGCGGUUUGGUGGGGCCGGCGCCGCCCCGGUGGUACAGUGCCUGGUGCGGGCCGCCGCGCGCCCUUCCGGUGGGUGGGGGUAAUUGCGGGAGAGCGCCGGGAGGCGUCCUGAACAGCGGCGCCAAGCGCCAGUGCUGUCUUACUAUCCCAGUGAUUGCGGUGCCCGGUCCUCGAUCGGGCAACAGCGGAACAAAGACGGCAGUUGCGAUGUUGUGUCAAUUGUGUCGCGGAUGUUUAUCGUUGUCGUGCGCCAUGUGAUCGUUAUGAAUACAAGGGGAAAUAUC